CAUAYRGUACAUACCGGUGCAUGUCUUGGACUGAGGCCAGAAGGGAAACCAAUCUCGUUGUAUUMAGAUUGUGCCAUUCGAAAGCAUGGAAGAUACGGUGGCAAAACAAUCCUCGGCAGCAACGUCUAGCUCCACSUCUUCCGAGACGUGGAACGUGGCUGUGAAGAAUAGGGGSCCAUUUGACGAUCGCCGAGGAUCCCYUAGAGAGGGGGGCUGGUGGAUUGAUUUGGAUGAAGCAAAGAAGCUCGGUAUGGAUGAAGAAUGGUGGACCGAAACCGAGGAACCUACAAAGAGUCCGGUGGCUUUACCCAAAGCAAGCCCAACGAUCUAUCAUAGCUGGGGCAAUGUGAAAUAUCGGCCGAAAGGACCSAUCUGGCUUUCCGAAAGCGGAACCAUGUACCUUGGACCAUGGGCCGAGGUGCGACAAGGACCGGGAGGAAGAACUGUGCGUGUGGCAAAAGGAAUAGGUAUAUCGUGCCAAAAAAAUGGCCAAUGCCACAUUGGAGAGUACCGGGAUGGCUUAUUCCAUGGAUGGGGUCGCUCUUUUUGGCUGAAAAAUUCUUUGGUUUGGAAACGAAACAUCAACGAGGAAGAGAAGCAAAUCAUGGAGACGCGAGUUGUUGUGACCGGUGACGGUCAGAAAACCGAGGAAUUAGUGGGAUUGCCYUACGAAUACCACGGCACCUUUCGCUYAGGUUCGAAACAUGGCAUUGCAGGAAAAGURGUUUUGAAAGAUUUGACAACGCGGGUUGGAUCAUGGGUAGACGACAUCGCUGUUCUUCGCAAAUGGUAUCGCAUUCGUCAAGACCUGGACCCUGUCUUAGAAGAGUAUCAAGCAGACUGGUGGAAACAUCAUGUGAAAUYGGACUGUGUUCCAAUCGAUUCWCCGCAAUCGCGGUAUAUAGCAAGUAAGACAAGGAAAAAUGCAAAACAKGAACUACCUUCUCCCUCGGUGCUUUCGCGGCGAAAACGUUCAYGUCGAGCCCCAAAYCGCAAAAAACAUAAGAGCUCGAAAACGAGAAAAUGUGGUGAGGAAUCCCAUAUAGGCACGGAGACAGACCAUCGAGGCGAGGAUGAAACCGACAACCAUCCCAGAAGCGAAUACAAUCAGGAUGCAGAAUUCAAGCAAGAAAAUUCUCUUGGCGCCGGCACGGAGGUCAUUGACGUGGAUGCCUUGGACCCGGAUGGCUUAGUUCCCGAUGAACCUCCUUCCUCCUUAAUGCCCGAGCGAAYAAYCUCCRCGGUCGGCAAUAGCAACAGGCAUCUCUCGUCGCAGGUCUUUCCCGAUGCCUACCUAUCCGAGGCCGAGGAAAGCAACUUUCCGCUCCACACCGCCGUCAAGUUUGGUGACGAAGACUUUGUCGACGAAGAGCUGGAAAAAAUCGCAACGGGGACGGGCCCCGAGGGGAGUCCCAUCGGAUCGGAUAGGAGCUACGAUUCUGCCCGGCUCAAUGCAGUCGACUCGAAGGGACGCACGGCUCUCGAUCUAGCCGCGCUGACGGGCCAGGUGGGACUGAUCAAAAAACUGCGCAGGGCCAAGGGGAUCAGCUUCUCGUUCAAGCCGGGUCCCCGCAUGAUGAUCCUUGCUAAGAAACGCUCGAAAGACGUGGYGAAGUACUUAGAGCAGGUUCACGAGACAGUGGAAUAACUCCACUUCGCGCAAUGACCUDCGAGUAUACAUGAAUUGCA